AUGAAGUUAAUCGACAUAAAUGGAACCACUCUUUAUCUUGCACUCUACAUUGAUGUCACCAAUUCAAAGGAACUAUUAGAAAGUAUGCAAGCAGGGACGUUGGAGCCAGAAGUUGCAUUCCUCAAUGCUUCACUUAUUCCAGAUAUUUUCCCUGUUUUAGCAGCUGCACACAAAACACUUGUAACCAAAUCACAGGACUCUUUGAUCACACGCACUCUUCAUUCCGAGCUCGUUUACAACUACUCAGGGUCCAAACAUAUUACUGAAUCCUUAAAAAGAUGUGGUAUCUCUGAAAGCACAACUUAUGUCCUUGCUGCUCGAUUUGAUGCUACCCCUGAUGAGAUAAAAGCCAUGGAGAAACUCGUCAAAGGAAAAGAAAUCGGCUUGGAGGAGCUGGAAGGGAGAGCAAACAUAUCCCAGAUACAAAAGCAUUACAAGAUAUCUGCCCCGGAACUUGGAGUUUCAUCAAUUGCAGAUGCUAUAACUUGCCGAAUAGCUGCCCGUGAUGCCUUGUAG